AUGGUUGCUGCUAUGCAAGCUACGGCUGUGGCAUUGGGGAAUCAAUCUGGAAAUUGCGAUAGUAAUGACAGAGAAAAUGGGCCAAUGAUUUUAGUAACCUUUCUAAAGAUAAAACCGCCUAUCUUUGGAGGGACAACGAACCCCACAGAGAUAGAUAACUGGUUUCAAGUGAUGAAACGGGUAUUACAAGCACAACAAGUUCCUGAAAAUCAAUGUGUUGAAUUUGUAACUUACCAGUUAACGGGUGAAGCCCAGUUUUGGUGGCAGGGUAUGCGACGGCUGCUGCAGCAAGACAAUGUUGCAACACCUUGGGAUACCUUUAAGUUGGAAUUCUAUAAAAAGUACUUCCCCAAUUCGGUCAGGACAGCUAAGGAGCUUGAAUUGUUGCAAUUGAAGUAG